AUGAGAUUCAUUUGGUUGCUGUUGUUAAUUUUGCAAGCGGUUUAUGCCGGAGACAAAAAUGAGAUUUCAACAAAGCAAUAUUUGGACUUAAACAAUCCGGAAGAUAGUGCUUUGAUAUGGGAGAGUCUUUUCAUAAAAUUAAAUAGGGUCGUGGAGGCAACACAGACAUUUGAACAAAAUUUUGAAAGCAUCAACAAAAGGUUGGAUGAAUUGUCUAAGAGGCUAAAUGAACAGAAGAGGGAUCUUCCAACCAAGCCAUUGGAUAUUGGGAAUAUAAAUGGAGCCCCAAAAAACCAAUGGACAACGAUUCUGCGACGUCAGGAUGGUUCGGUAGAUUUCAAUCGUAAUUGGAACGAUUAUAAAAAUGGUUUCGGCAAUCCGGAUGCCGAUUUCUUUAUUGGCCUUGAAAUGCUGCAUCGUCUAACAAGUAACGGCAGACCCCAAGAGCUACUGGUCGUUUUGGUGGAUUAUGAAAAUGUAACACGUUUUGCCCGAUAUGACAGGUUUCGUAUUGGUUCGGAGGCUGAAAAAUAUGCCAUUACUGAUUUGGGUAGUUAUAGUGGUGAUGCUGGUGACGGUAUGGGCUGGCAUAGAGGCAAAAAGUUUACUACCUUCGAUCAGGAUAAUAAUGCUGGUAAAAUCAGGGAUUGUCCACAAAAUUUUAAGGGGGGUUGGUGGUUCCAUGACCCCUGUUAUAGUGGACAUUUACAUGGUCCAUAUAGGACAAAGGAAAAUUCACAGACUUGGGGUGUUAGCUGGGAUCCAUGGAGAAAAUGGAAUGUUUCGUUGAAAUACGCAGCUAUGAUGAUACGGGAUAAAAUGCAAACAGAGCAGGAAAAUCAUCCAACCAAGGCUGUGGACAACAAGAAUGGCAAAGAAGUUCCAGAAAGCCAAUGGACAAAGAUACUACGACGUCAGGAUGGUUCGGUAGAUUUCAAUCGUAAUUGGAUGGAUUACAAACUUGGCUUCGGCAAUCCUGAUGCUGAUUUCUUUAUUGGCCUUGAAAUGCUGCAUCGUUUAACCAGUAACGGCAAACCCAAGGAAUUAUUAAUCGUUUUGGUGGACUAUGAAAAUGAAACUCGAUUUGCCCGCUAUGACAGAUUUCUGGUGAUGCUGGUGAUGGUAUGA